AUGGCUUCUCAUUUCCUCCUGUGCCUCUGUUUGGCCAGUGGUCUGCUGGCUGCAGCAUCUGUAACUCCUUGCUGCCCCUCCGGUUGGACUCAGUUUGGCUCUCGCUGCUUCAUCUUCUACUUUAGUCCAAGGCCUUGGUUGGAUGCCGAGACCUUCUGCAUAUCCAUUGGAGGGAAUCUGGCCUCCGUCCACAGCGCUGACGAACACUUCUUCCUCAGAAACAUGAUAUACAGAGUGUCAGGCGCUUACAAAGAGACCUGGAUCGGUGGCUUUGACACCGUAAAGGAAGGAGUCUGGCUGUGGAGCGAUGGAUCCAAGUUCGACUACACUCGCUGGGCUACUAAUGAACCCGACAACUUCAAAAUCUCAGAACACUGCAUUGAGAUGAACAGGAGCCAAAACUACUGGGGGGACGAUAGGUGCACCAGCCGAAAUCCCUUUAUCUGCUCCAAGAACAUCUGA